CGAUAACACCAAUUCGAUUAACGCAGCACGUUGUUUAUUUGUAAACAAUAUAUAUUAGAAAUGCCUAUAGAUUGUAAAGCUAAAUGCGGCAACAGGGCCACAUUAAAGCGUCCCAAAACAGGUGACGCUCUGUGCAAGGCUUGCUUUUUCGCUGCCUUCGAAGCUGAAAUCCAUCACACAAUCAUCUCGAGCAAGCUCUUCCGACGAGGUGAAAAGGUUGCCGUCGCCGCCAGCGGCGGAAAGGACUCUACCGUACUGGCGCAUGUCUUGAAGCUUCUUAAUGAACGCCACGAUUAUGGUCUGGACCUGGUGCUGCUCUCCAUUGACGAAGGCAUCACGGGCUAUCGGGACGACAGUCUAGAGACGGUCAAACAAAAUCGCGAUGACUAUCAAAUGCCAUUGAAAAUCCUAUCCUAUGAGGAACUGUACGGCUGGACUAUGGAUCGCAUUGUGGCUCAAAUAGGUCGCUCCAAUAAUUGUACAUUUUGUGGCGUUUUUCGCCGCCAGGCAUUGGAUCGAGGUGCAAAGCUCUUGGGCGUGGACAGCAUUGCCACUGGCCACAAUGCGGACGACAUUGCGGAAACGGUGCUGAUGAAUAUACUACGAGGGGACACGGCGCGCCUACGUCGCUGCACAGACAUCCGCACUGGCGGCAGCGAGGACUCCAUACCUCGCGUCAAGCCGCUCAAAUACAGCUACGAGAAAGAAAUUGUCAUGUAUGCGCACUACAAGAAGUUGGUCUACUUUUCCACCGAAUGCGUGUUUGCGCCGAACGCCUACCGGGGUCACGCGCGCGCAUUUCUCAAGGAUCUGGAAAAAGUGCGACCAUCGGUCAUAAUGGACAUCAUCUAUUCGGGCGAGCAGCUGCGCUUUAAGGAUACUGUUAAGAAACCCGUGCGCGGCAUUUGCGAACGCUGCAGCUUCGUUUCCUCACAGCAGCCGUGCAAGGCGUGCGUGCUGCUGGAGGGACUCAAUCGCGGCCUGCCCAAACUGGGCAUUGGCAAGAAAUCAAAGGGUGAUCGCAUGAUUGCCAAACAGAACCAGGAACUGGCUUUGAGGGAACGUGCCAAUAUAGUAAAAAACGAUUUUUAAAUUCAAAA